AUGUCAUUCAAGGCGAGAAGUGGCUUUGAGUUUACUUUGUUAAACUAUAACAACCUGGCGACUAAAGUAUAUAGUCCACCUUUUGCAACUUCAUUCGAUACCUUUUGGCAACUUAAAUUUAAGCCG